AUGCCUGCACUGUUCAAGGUUCUUGUCCUGGCUGGUAUGCUGGUGGGUGGCGCCCUCAAUACCAUUAUUCUCAAGUACCAGAACAAGACCUGCAUAGCCCACUGCAGCCCUGAGGACCCCGCGCCGCCGGAAUUCUUCACACAGCCCAUCCUGCAGACCACUGGCAUGUUGGUAGGCGAAAUUGUCAGCUUUAUGCUCUCCGUGCUCUACAACCAGUUUGCACAGGGCCGCGCGGAAAUGAACACAGCAGACGAGACCACGCGACUUUUGGUUCCACGUGCGCGGCACAAGGCUCCCUUGCGCGGUACCUACCGUCUGCUGCUGGGAUUCCCGGCGAUAUGCGAUACCACAAGCACCACCAUGCUGUUCCUCAUUCUGGUGUAUAUUCCGACCUCGAUAAUGAACAUACUGCGUGGUCUCAGCAUAAUUUUCGCAAGUAUCUUCGCAGCAAAGUUCCUUGGGCGGCGGCUCACGCUUGUUCAGUGCAUUUCCCUAGCCCUUGUAUUUGCUGGCAUCUUCUUCAGCACCUUGCCGGAUCUCCUCGAUAAUAGCCGUGUGGAGGGCUGCGCAUAUGACGCAAGAAGCCUCAUCCUUGGUGUGACGCUCGUGCUGGUAUCGCAAUUGCUGUCUGCCUUUCAGUACAUCUCUGAAGACAUUAUCCUGGAACGCUUCUCGGUUGCCCCGGUCGAGGUCGCUGGCCAUGAGGGAUUCUUUGGCAUCUCGACUAUCCUCCUUGUGCUGCUCCCGUUCUAUCUUACAUCACAGCCGACCGGAUUUUUCGAUAUUGUCGAAGCAGUGCGUCAGGUCAUUAGCCACCAGAGGCUGUGGGUUUCGAUGCUGUGCUUUUUGAUGACCCAGGCUACAGCGAGUGUAUGCGCACUGCUGGUUAUUGGGUUCUGGGGUGCAACGGCUCGCGCAACCAUCGACCAAUGCCGCACCCUGGUGGUGUGGGCAAUUUCAAUGGGGCUUGGCUGGGAGUCCUUCAGUGCCGUGCAGGCUGCAGGAUUUGCUGCUGUGGUCUACGGAAACUUUGCUUAUGCCGGCUCCGUCAGCCUGCCAUUUGUCCGUGGUUAG